AUGAACCGCAUUCACAUCAUGAAACCCUUUUACAAACGCUUUGUGAGCAAUCCCUUUGCCAACUUGCCCUCAGACUCUGGUGCUCCCAACCUGGUGCUCCCAACCUGGUGCUCCCAACCUGCUGCUCCCAACCUGGUGCUCCCAACCUGGUGCUCCCAACCUGGUGCUCCCAACCUGGUGCUUUUGUGUAUCAGCUGGUCUUAUCUUCCCUUUUCUACAACCUCGGCAUCUCAUAUGGGAGAUUGUGGAAGGAGGAGGAGGAGAGAGGAGGAGGAGGAGGGGGAGGAGGAGGAGGAGGAGGAGGAGGAGGGAGGAGGAGGAGGAGGAGGAGGAGGAGGAGGAGGAGGAGGAGACAAAGGUAAGAUAAGAGCUGGGAGCAUACAGGUUAGAGAUGGCGGUGAGGGCGGAGAUGGUGGAGGGGAUAGAGCCAGUAAAGCCAUUCAGACCGGCCCGCCUGGAGGAGGGAGGGCAGGGAGGGCAGGGGCGAGAGGAGAGGCGCACGCACUGGUGGCAGGUGGUCUGGGUGCAAGAACUCGGGAUUAG